AUGUCUCUUAAAAAGAGAUUCUCGGAAAACACAACAUCGGCACUUCCAAAGCGGAGAAGGACCUACCAAGCUUGCAUCAACUGCAGAUCAAGGAAGGUGAAAUGUGAUCUUGGUCCAGUUGAUAAUCCUCACGAACCACCAUGUGCUCGUUGCAAAAGAGAGCUAAGAGAAUGUUUAUUUAGUUCUCAAAAAGUGGUUAAAAAUAGCACAUCUCCUCACAUGGUCAAUACAAUAUGCCAGAGUAAAGGUGAGAUACCAAACCACUCAAGAAGACUGAUUUCAUCAGAAAUGGCUUUAUCAGAGAAAGGAACCAAUGAUGAAACAUUAUUUAAAUCAGAUGGAGUCAAAUGGAAGCUUGAACUUUCCUCUAUGCAGAACGCUUUGGAGUUUUUAGCGCAAGCAGCGGGUACUGUAGCUAAAGAAGGAGCAAAGGAAACCAUAAAGGAUAGGUCCGCAACGCCAAGACCAUCCGAAAGCUCUUUGGAUACGCCACAUCAAUCUGCUGCAAAUAAAGAAUUGAAAACGCUUUCAAUAAGUGAAUGUGAUGCUUCUGCUACGAACACUCCUCACGAAAACAUAACAGAUACGCUUGCUGCUGCACUAAAUUCGAAUCAGAAAAUGUCCCAAUUAAUCAAAGAAAUCAGUAGAGCUAGGCCCAUGCCUACCCGGAGAAUAGAUGACUUUGAAUACAUUGGUCCAGAUAACUUGCUCACUAAAGAGGAGGCGAUUGAACUCAUAGAGGCAUUUUUUCUCACAAUGCAUCCAUUCUUUCCUAACAUACCAUUGCAAUUGCAUGAUCCCAAAGAAUUAGCAGAAUAUCCAAUUUUAUUUUGUUCAAUCUUGACCGUUUCUGCUCGCUACCAUCCUUUCGAUACUUUAGGAUUGGAUAAUGGAGAAAAUGGUAUAAGGCACAUUGAAGUUCAUGAUAAAUUAUGGAUAUAUUGCCAGAAGCUCAUAUCUCAAACAAUUUGGGCAGAGGCUAGUACUAGGUCGAUUGGUACCGUGCUUGCUUUCAUAAUUUUUACAGAAUGGAACCCAAGGAGUAUCCAUUAUAAAUGGUCAGACUACGCAAAUGAUCCAGAGUUGAACAAUGUUGGUGUAAGAGAAAGUAAAAAUAUUAGCACGAAAAAAGAUGAAGAAGGAUUGACCGGUGUUGGAGCCAUCCGUAGAAGCGACCGGAUGUCGUGGAUGCUUACAGGGUCUGCUGUAAGACUGGCGCAGGAUAUGGGGUUUAUUGAAAAUAGUUCAAAAAUAUUCAUUGUCACUCAUAUAUCUGAGACUACAAGCGCCAUGAAUAUGAACCAAAGGCCUUUACUUGCAGAAUCGUUCAGCGUUUUGAAUUUGAACGUGAGGAAAUUUGACGAUGAUGGAAAUAAAGGUAAUGAGAAUUACCUUGGGAAUGAAAAAUUUUACUUAAAUGAAAUUUUGCCUGAUGAUGAAAGUAAAAAGAGGUGGAAAAAAGUUUUCAAAGAUUCAGAAGAUGAUGACGAUAGCGAGAAGAAUAUUUUGACGGACUGGGAAAGGGAGUUUUUAAAUGAUGAAUACGUUCUAUACUACUCCAAUAAAAAAGAUGAUACCAACUUAGCACAGAAUCCUAUGCCACCAUCACCGUUAAGAUUCUCUUUCGCACAAAGAGCCAAGAUAGAGAUAAUUCGAAUCUUGUCCAUAGCAUACGAAACAAUUUACUGUGAGAAAAAUAAGAGAAAAUUGGCAACGACUGAUCAAAGACACAACUUGUCCGUUCUAAGUGUUUUUUCUCCCUUAAUAGAAGGUUGGCUUAGCAACUACAGAGAAGUUCUUGUCCCUAUUUCUGACGUCUCGUUUUUACUAGCUGAUAGAAAGAAUAAAAAACAAGUAUUUGAUAACAUCAAUAGAUUAAAUGGCGAAACUAUUAUCACAGAUUUCAACUAUUGCCAGCUUUACAUAUUUUCUCUUGCGCUACAAGUAGAUGGAAAAACAAGCAGAUUGAACAUGAACGAGAUUAUGACAAGCGCAAGGUACGUAGAAUUAGCAUACCGAUCUGCAAAAGAGAUACUGAGUUCUGCAAAGCGAGUUUCAAGACAAGGAAUGCUAAAGUACAUGCCUGUAAGAUGGGCGAUACGAAUAAUUAGGUCCAUUGCGUUCAUUGUGAAAUGUUACCUGACACUUACUGGUAGUGAACUAGCAACAAAUCCAGACGCCAGAAAUAUCUUAAAAUUGAGUGCAAUAUCAGUUGACGAAACGUUCGAUAUCAUUCGUGAUACUGCAGUAACCUUAAAAGAAGCUACACCUGACGAGUUACAUCUUUGUCAGAGGUAUGCAGCCAUAUUAAUGUACUUAUGUACAGAAAUGAAACUUAGAAAAAAAUCGUACACAGAACGACCGCCAUUAUCAACUAACGGUACCACUCCCUUGGAAAGCAAUUGUGAAUCUUCGCCAGAGGGAGUAGACUUUACUAAGAAACCAACAUUUCCCAAAAACAUCAGAAGUAACAAGGCUGAGUGUAAUUCUGAAUCCUCAAAAAAGUCACCAAUGGAGGAAAUUGAUAGCAAUCUUAACAAUCCGAAUAAUUUAUCAUCUAAAGUCAUUUUUAACCCCUUUGUUGAACAAAAUAAUGAUACUACAACAACAUUGCUGAAUAAUGAACUUUUUCAGGGCCCAUCACUAUCCGAAGAAGUUACAGAUUGGUUUGGUGCUAGUGAAGAUAUUGGACUUGGAUUUGUAGAGCCAUGGACAGAACUUAUUGAACAACGCUACAUGCAAUGUGGAGAUGGUGAUAUUAAUAACUUUGAAAACUUAUAUAAUUUAUUUGUGAAUAGUAAUGACAUCGAUAAUGACAUUGGUAGUUCAAGGCCGAUAACACGUAAAUAA